AUGCCCAUCGACAUCCAGCCUGUCCUUGUCAACGAUUUACGGCGCUGUGCCGAAAUCGAGCAUGACGCUUUUGCACAGGGGCCGUUCAAUAAGAUCCUAUUCCCCGGACCCAUGCCAGAAAACUUUUUGGAAUUGAGAGCCGAUGGCUUAGCAAAGGAAUAUCGGGAAGAUCCGACCGUGCGCAUGUUUAAGGCUGUGGACACGGAUCUCGAGGGCGAUGAGGCGAUUGUAGCUUGGUGCAAGUUCCACAGCUAUCCGGAGGGGUUGCCAACGCCGAAGCCACGUGUGUUUGGUCCCGGAUCCAACCCAGAGGCUUGUACAAUGCUGUUUGUCGGCAUGGAUAACAUGCGGGAGCGUUUGAUGGUUGGCAAGCCAAGUGUCUACCUUCACGUCCUGGUGACAGACCCCAAGCACCAGCGACGGGGCGCGGGACUGCAGCUGCUCACCCCAAUAAUGCAGGAAGCUGUCCGGUUGGGCGUACCGGCGUACUUGGAAUCAUCGUUGUAUGGCCAUCGUCUAUAUCAGAAAGCCGGUUUCAAGGACCUCGAAGAGCAGCGUCUGGAUAUGACAAAAUAUGGAGCCUCGGAGCCUCACUUGACGUGGGCGAUGCUAUGGGAGCUUCCCAACCGAAGAUGUCCGUGA